UGUCGCCGUUGUCGCCGCUGUCGCGAUGUGGCGCAGCGCCGGCCUCGCUGGCGACACGCAGAAGGCUGAGACCAAGGAGGAAUUUGUAAAAGUCAGAAGGAGGGAUUUGGAAAGGCUGACAACUGAAGUUAUGCAAUUGCGGGAUUUCUUGCCCAAAAUAGUAAAUGGAGAUAUCCUGGGGACAUUCCAGAAGCUGGAUGCUAUUGAAUCAAACCUGGAGAAAAAGGAGGAGGAAGUAGAGCAGCUGAGAAUGGAUUGUGAACACCUCAGAGCCCGUCUGGAAACAGCCCAGUCAGAUUGCAUGAGAGAGAAGAAGGAGAAACUGGACCUGCGGCAGCAGCUGAACGAGGCCAAGCAGCAGCUCCUGCAGCAGGCAGAGUAUUGCACAGAGAUGGGAGCAGCAGUGUGCACCCUGCUCUGGGGGGUGUCCAGCAAUGAGGAGGCUGUCAAAUCCAUUCUAGGAGGAAGUAAAGCAGUAAAGUUUUUCACAAUCACUGCCCAGACCAUGGAGAGCUUUGUGAAGUCAUUAAGUGAAGACAUGAAACAGCAGGAUUUGGAUUCUGAGGAAAAUCAGUUUGUAUUAGCUUUGGCAGGGAUUGUAACAAAUGUGGCUGCAAUGGCCUGUGGCCGUGAGUUCCUGGUCAGUUCCAGUCGGGAGUUGCUGGACACGAUGAUACACCUCCUGGGAGACAUGAAGCCAGGACUCUGUAACAAAUUUAAAGUGCUAAUGCUGAUGUCACUUUACAAUGUGAGUAUCAACUUGAAAGGCUUGAAGUACAUCAGUGAAAGUCCAGGUUUUAUUCCCUUGCUUUGGUGGCUGUUGAAUGACCCGGACACGGAGGUUUGCCUGCACGCCCUGCGGCUCCUGCAGUCGGUGCUCCUGGAGCCGGAGGUGCUGGCCAGGUCGGGCGCCGAGGUGCGCGAGACCCUGCCCUUCCAGCGCAUCGUCGCCCUGUCCCAGAGCCGCAAUGCSGAGCUGCAGGCGCUCGCCAAAGAACUACUUGAGGAUCUUAAAAUAUUUGAGUACGACGCGUAGAAGAGCUUUACGACACCGACUGCUUACGUCUCUCCUGUAUUUUUAUGCUGCAAGAGUUGUUGGAGAYGGGUUUGACUGAAAAAAGACUCUGCCUAAGUUCCUCUGACAAAAUCCUUUUUGGGAAUUAGGUAAUCCAACUGAAAUCGUACUUGGGAGUAUGUGUUGGGUUUGAGCUGCCCAAAUAGAACCUUGAGUGAUCUGGUAGAGUUGGGACAGCUUAAUUUCUUUGAGCAGGAUUUUAUUGAUAGUGGGUUUCCAAAGUGGUCAAGGUUAUGUUGUGUAUUUGCUGUCUGGAUGGAGUAAAAUAUUCUCAUUCAUUGAUUACAGCUCAUUGAGGUGGUAAAUAAUCCUUUUGGUCCAUCCUUAAGAAUUACUGUACUAUGGGGAAAACUUUGCUGCCUUUCAUAAUUCUUCUGUGUCAGAAUGCACCCCAAGUUCCAGUUUUAUUGUUAUUUCUCACCUUUCUCUUUUUAUUCUAAUAAAACUGAAAUUCUG